UGAUGUGUUUAUAAAUGUUAUAAAAAAUAUAAACAAAAAUAAUGUACAAUCGAUUUUAUGCAGAUUCGAGUAAAUCAAGAUUUGGAUUUUAGGACUAUUAACAACAAAAGCAAAUUGUUCUAAAAAAAAAUUGAACAACAAAAGCAAAUAUAAAAAGAGGCCGGCUACGUACGACUUUUGUGAGAUAAUAUAUUUGAGAGAUUCGAAACUCAUAUUAAACAUCCCAAAUACAUACCUAAGGGAGUAAAUAAAUAUUCUAAAAAGAAAACGAAACGGCCAGAAAAUUGAAAAAUUAAAAUUUAAAACAAUAAUUAAAAACGAGGAUAAAAAUGCAUGAGGAAGCAAAGGAAGAAAGACAGAAGACAAGAAGAGAUGGAGAAGGGGAAUGGAGAAGGAAAGGGGGAGUUCAUAAACCAAAACAGUAACGGUUUCUUCCAUGACUCCAUGUCAAUGCUUUCCUCUCUUCCUCCUCCCUGGGGCUCAUCUCUUCCCCCUUCUCCUCCGCCGCAUUCACUCCUCCACGCUCUCACCGUCCCCGACAAGUUCCAUCAACCUCAGGAGUCUGGUGGUCCAACAACGGGUAGCCAAGAUGGGUUGCAGCAUGCACAAGGGACAGUGUCGACCACCACGAGCCCACCUGUGGCCCGCCAAAAGCCGAGGGUGCGAGCCAGGAGAGGCCAAGCCACCGAUCCUCACAGCAUUGCUGAGCGGUUGAGAAGGGAACGCAUUGCAGAGAGGAUGAAGUCUCUCCAAGAACUGGUUCCCAACACCAACAAGACGGACAAGGCAUCAAUGCUGGAUGAGAUCAUAGAGUAUGUUAGAUUCCUUCAGCUUCAAGUCAAAGUACUAAGCAUGAGCAGAUUGGGAGCUGCAGGGGGAAUUCGUCCACGCCUCAAUGGUCUCACCUCUGAUGUAGGAGGACGGCUCAACGCACUCUCCGUACCAUCCAAUGGUGUAGUAAAUGGGAAUGGAAACGCAACAGGAUCAUCCAAUGGUGUAGUAAAUGGGAAUGGAAACGCAACAGGAUCAUCCAAUGAGAGCCUAAGGACAACGGAACAGAGGGUGGCGAAACUGAUGGAAGAAGACAUGGGAUCAGCAAUGCAGUACCUUCAAGGGAAGGGGCUUUGUCUUAUGCCCAUCGCUCUCGCAACUGCUAUGUCAUCUUCAUCUGCUCACUCUCGUGGAGCUCUCUUCAACCCUACCUCAAAUGUCGUAGCAACAGAGGAGGCAAAUGUAGUAGUAGCAGCUGCACCUGAAGCCUCCUCCCCUAUGGAUGAUGUCUCUGCCUCCAACAAGGCCUAAACCAUAGGAUCUCUCAUUGUUUCUUCAUUUUUUUUUCCAUUUAAAGUCAAACAUUAAUAUUCAUUAUCUAUCUGCUAUUUUCACUGUUAAGGAUUAAAUAAUAAAAAAUACUUAAUUUACAACAUGUACAACAACUAACAUAACCGACAAGGCAGAAACCAUACAGAACAGAGGUGGUGGGACCGAAAACUAAGAGACAUUGCGUCCCACUACUUUUUGUCAACGUUGCUACCGUUUGGGCAAUCGAAUGUAACCUGAACCAGUAUAAUAUUCUAUCCAAGUUGAAGCUCCCCACUUUCUACAAUUUAUUAUAUUCAGGCUCAAGUUCAUUAUUUGAAUACCAUUUGUGAGAAUAGGGCUUAUACAUGAGAGGCAGAGGAAGAUACAUAAGUAAACACUUCUAAGUUUCCAGACCAGUUUGGAACAAACCAAGUAUAUAGAUGACUUACUGAUUCAGCAGACUCAUUAAACAAAAUAAUCAUUUAUAUAUCAGUAUACUGUAAACUAAAUGCUUGCAGAUUGCGAGCAAUAGAUAAUAGGCAAAGAAGAAUCAGGUUCCUUCAAAAGCACAACUUUAUUAUUCCCAUGUUGUAGGCUUACAAACUCAAAUAAAGACAAGACUUUUAAGGGAUAUUAAAAAAAAAAGUCGGCAAAGAAAAUGAG